UUGAAGAAGAGGACAUCUCAUGAGUUUUAUGGGACUUUUAGAGGAGUUAGAAUGGGAAAUAGACCUAAAAUACCUCAUUCUAGGAACUUCUAUCUUUGGGUUAAUUCGUCUUUUAGUAUAAACAUCUGAGUUUUUAAAUAUAAUUUUUCACUUUUAGGUCAUAUUAUAAAUGAUCAGCCCAAGAGAAUACCAAAAUCUAGUAAAAAGAUACUCCCUAAAAACAGUGAAAGGAAAGCAAGAACUCAAGGACAGAGAGGAGGUUGUUAACAGUCUUCUCCAAAAGCACAGGAAAGAUCUUUUUGGCGAAUCUGAUCAUCCAAAGAAAGAUAUAAAGGGCAAUUCUAACAAUUAUUUGAUUGGAAACUUAAUUUCAAAGAGUUUUAAUCUUAAUCGAAACAGAAGCAUGGCUAAAGCCAAGACAAUAGGAGUUCAGAAUAUUAUUGACUCAAACUUGAAAAAUUUUAUGACCAUUGAUUCCCAAAGUAUGGCGCUGGCUUCAAGAGUUAAUGCUCCUUCUCAAACAAGGAUGGCACGUCCAAGAAUAAUCACUAGUGUACCACCUCAGCUGAACAGAGUGAAAGGAUCUAAACUCGUUGAAAAGCCCAAGAAAGGACUCCAGCCCUCAUACUCAAGGAAGGGGAUUAUCCAGAGGUUCAGCUCAAAAGCGGCUUCUCCACAGAAGACGAUCAAGAAGCACAAAAUGUUCCAGAUUAUAAAGAAACCUAGAGACAUACACAACGAAAAUGAGACUAAAGGGGCUGAUUUGGAAUAUCAAAGGCUCAAUUCCAGAAAUUUUGAUGAACCACAAAACACUAAAUUUCUGGCAAAGGAGCUUUAUGAGUAUAAUACCAUCAGAUCUUUGCCAGGCUUUAAGAACAACAUCUUUGGGAAAUCUUCUAUUGAAAAUUCACAGAGUGAGUUAGCAAAGGAAGAUAUUGAGACAGAACACUAUCUUAAAUUACUAAAAACUCAUGAUUCUAUAAAAUAAAGCUUUUACUAAGAAGUGUACGACUGAGUUACAGAAAAUGAAUAUUGCCCAGCUGCAGAAGAAGUCUCGCCCUGCCAGAAAGUCACUUGGAAGAAGAACCAAAACUGUCAAGAUAACUACCAGCUCUAAGAGAACAACAGAAUUACUAGAUCAAAAGCUUUCAUUGUACAAGGACACUUUCCAAGAAGUGUUGUUCAAGCGGAAGAAAAUGAAGAAAGAACAUGAAGAACUCCUGAAAGCUAAUGAGCUUUCUUAAUUCUGAUAAUUGGCUAAGUUGAUUAAGGAAAUUCUCAAUC